CUCCCAAACUCCAGGAUGCGCCUCCUUGUGGCCGGAAGCGGCACUCUAGCCACAUUUCCCGCUACGCGCCUCGAUGGUAAGGCGGUCGUCCUGUUGGACUGGGCGCCGCCAUGUUGGAAACCCCGAGCAACGGCGGCGUGCCGAGCCAUGGCGGCGCCCGAGCUGCUAGAGGUGCGGCCGGGCCUCUACCUAGGCGGGGCGGCCGCCAACGAGCGGAGCCGGCUAAGAGAGGCAGGCGUCACGGCCGUGCUGACGGUGGACACCGAGGAACCGGCGGGCGACCCUGAGGGCCUACAGACUCUGUUCAUCUCGGCGCGGGACGAACCCGAGACGGACCUGCUCAGUCAGUUGGACCGCUGCGUCGCCUUCAUCGGCCGGGCGCGCGCCGACGGCGCCGCCGUGCUCGUGCACUGCCAUGCAGGUAUCAGUCGAAGUGUUGCUGUCGUGACUGCUUACUUAAUGAAGACUGAGCAGCUUACUUUUGAAGAUGCCUAUGGGAACCUACAGACCAUCAAGCCAGAGGCUAAAAUGAAUGAGGGCUUUGAGUGGCAGCUAAAGCUUUAUCAAACAAUGGGUUGUGAAGUGGACACCUCCAGUGCAAUUUAUAAGCAAUAUCGUUUACAGAAAGUUACUGAGAAAUAUCCUGAAUUACAGAAUUUGCCACAGGAAGUUUUUGCUGUCGAUCCAACUCUUAUUUCCCAAGAUUUGAAAAAUGAGACCCUCUACAAAUGUAGGAAGUGCAGGCGUUCCUUAUUUCGAAGUUCUAGUAUUUUGGAUCAUAGUGAAGGAAGUGGACCUGCAGCCUUUGCUCAUAAGAAAAUGACACCUUUAAUAAUUAACACAGGGAAUGAGGCUAAAUGUACUUCUUAUUUCAUUGAACCUGUUCAGUGGAUGGAAUCUGCAUUGUUGGGUGUGAUGGAUGGACAGCUCCUUUGCCCAAAAUGCAAUGCCAAGUUGGGUUCUUUCAACUGGUAUGGUGAGCAGUGUUCCUGUGGUCGGUGGAUGACCCCUGCUUUUCAGAUACAUAAGAAUAGAGUGGAUGAAAUGAAAACAUUGUCUCUUCUUGGAUCACAAGCAAGAAAAACAUAAACUUUUUAAAAAACUGAUUUCAGUGAUUGACUUGAAAAGAAACUUCCUUACAUCUGAUGCCUUUGUUCAUUACUAUUUGUCACAAAUUUUUGAAUUUGUAGGCAGCCAUAUUGUUAGAUUAUCUUUUCACUGGAACUGGCAUAAGAACAUACAUUUCCUUUUUUUUUUUUUUUUUUAAUUACAGCUUUUUA